UCUGGGUGUGAUUCGCGCGCACUUAUGUACGCGAUUGGAGCGGGCUGGUGGUCCGUCAGACCAUUGAGCGCAGCAGGACAGCGGCGAUCAAGGUGCGUCGCAGGAUGGAUGUUGCAGAACGUGUGGAGGAUGUGAGAGGUCGAGCGGGCGACACGUGGGGAAGACGUGGUGUGUACGCGUUGUUUGUGCGCACGGCGAAGCGAAGCGGGAGCUGUGCGUGGCUUCGCAACUCAUCUGUGUUCAAAUCCCAACCCACGGGCCACGUCUGCUCGCAUCCCCGAUGGCCAGGAACGAAGCGUUUGCACAUCGCUGACGCACACGCAUCCCCCGGCAACUCAGCGACGUGCGGUGACAGGUGGCAGGGAAGCGCGGCUGACGUCACGGCGCGUCGCACUCCGGUGGACGCGCCGUCCUCUGCCUGUGCAGAGUCUCGCGCACACUGUCCGAGCAGAAUCGCAGAGAUAGGCUCAGUUUCGGGACACAGAGGGAGUCGCAGGGCUGCCGGACACACAGGCACGCCGGGAUCGCGGGACAUGCACCCCGUUCCCGGACAGCACUCUGUCGACGCAGCUACCGCGUCCUUCGUACUCAAAGCGUCGCAUCGUACACUACUGGCUGCCUGUAAGUACCUCGUCCUACACUCGAACUACGCCAUCCCGCUCUCCAGACUCCAUCCCACCCCGGCCGUCCUCUCGACCGCCUGAAUGUCAGUCGCUACGAACAUGGAAACCCCUUCUCCCCGAGAGCAGUACAUCCCGUUUGUCGUCUCCGUCUCGCCCAGAACACGAUCCGCCGUGUCUCCGACCCCCCCGCGAACGCAUUUCCCUCGAUGCCCUCACACAUCGCCACCUCGCUUGAUUUCGCCAACGAUGGCAGACCCGUCGCUG